AUUUCAUAAACUUGAAGAUGUAUUUGUCGUUCUUCUAACAGAAAAAGAAAAAGAAAAAGAAAAAGCUCCAGCAUUAAAAUACUUAGGGUGGACAAAUGGCACAUCUCAUUCGCUAAUAUCCAUCGUUGACCAAGAGCCAAAGAGGCCAACCCUUUUUACCGUUUUACUUGGGCACCAAGUUCAUGCAGAGACCAACGUGGCUUCUUUUCAACCAAUCAACAGCUGCCAACUCACCAAUCAGAGAACUGGAUAUUCACCACCACACCAUCCUUGGACAACAAGUUUAGUAGUACCUUCGCGAACCUUCAAGAUCCAUAGCCAUCACCUCGUGCCUUUCCUUUUUCCCCUAGCCGACUCUUCCAGAAUCCCAACCCCAUAUAAAACCCGUCCUGGCCCUCCUCAAGAAAUCGCUUUUGAUGGUUAGUUUGAAAGAAAGACAGGAGGCAGAAAGAAGAAGAAGAAGAAGAAGAAGAAGAUCAACCUGCUAUUUUUGUGAAGGAUGCCGAGCAGAUUUCAGGGGGCGAUCAAGCAGGAAUGGGAGCCGGUGGUGCUGCAAAAGUCUAGACCCAAGGCUCAAGACCUGAGGGACCCCAAGGCGGUGAACCAAGCUUUGAGAACAGGUGGUCAGGUGCAAACAAUCAAAAAAGCGGAUGCCGGAGCAAAUAAGAAGGCAGCCCCCCCUGCUGUAAAUGCAAGAAAGCUGGACGAAGCUGAGGAGCCUGCGGCUUUGGGGCGGGUAUUGACGGAGGUGAGGCAGGCCAUACAAAAGGCGAGAAUUGAGAAAAAGAUGAGCCAAGCUGAGCUAGCGAAGCAAAUUAACGAGCGACCUCAGGUGGUUCAGGAGUACGAGAAUGGGAAGGCUGUGCCUAAUCAGGCUGUAUUGGCUAAGGUGGAGAGAGUCUUGGGGGUUAAGCUUAGGGGAUUAAGAAAAUAAAUGGCAUAAAUAUAGGCUGAACGUUAAUGAAGUUUUGUAAAUGAACAAUCUGUCACCUUAGGUUGAUAUUUGUCGUUGAGAAUUUCAACCGUUGGAUGUUAAUUAUUAUUGUUGUUAUGUCGGACGGUGAUGUUUCUUGCUUACCUUAAGCAUUUACUCAGCCGAUAAA